AUGACUGCACCAACGACAGCAUCAACUAGCGAAGCAUCUUCCUCCAAACACUCUCUAUACGAAGGUAGCACCCAGUACCGUCAUUGGCGCUACUCCCCCGAACAGCUCGCACAAGCACGAACUACCCUUAACGCCGCUGCAGUCAAGGCUAUCCGCGACGCUUUCGAGACAGACGAGCUAGGCUCCUCUUCCAGUGUAUCUUUCCUGAAUGCAGACGAAGAGCUUCUGCUCGUGAAGCUGUAUGUAGGCAAGAUCUCACAGCUAUGUGGUCACUUCCGCUUCCCAGAAGAAGUGGAAGCAACCGCAGUAACAUACCUCAAGAGAUUCUACCUCAAGAAUACGGUGAUGGAUUGGCAUCCAAAAAAUGUCAUGUUGACUGCCCUUUUCCUUGCGACGAAGACGACGAACCAUCCGAUAGCUCUUGAGGCCUAUACUUCACAUAUUCCCAAGACUACACCCUCAGAUGUGCUAGACCUCGAAUUUCUGGUGGCGCAGAGUCUAGGUUUCGACUUCGCCGUUUGGCAUGCACAUAGGGCAUUGUGGGGUCUCUACCUCGACAUACAGAGUCUACCCGAUUUCUCGAUAGAGGAGCUCAGAACAGCAUACGAGGCUGCAUUGAAGCACGUCCGGGCAUCCAGACUGUCGGAUGCCGAGCUAGUCUACACGCCUUCACAAAUAGCCCUCGCCUGUCUUGCGCUGGCAUCUCCUUCCCUCGCAUAUUCUUGGGCGCGGUCAAAAUAUUCUGAUGGUCAUGAUCCACCGGUGUUGAUGCUCCUGGAACCACUGAAGGCCAUGAUCCUAACACAGGGUACCCCACCGGAAGUGGAAGCCGUUCGGGAGGUUGACCGGCGACUGAAGCUGUGCAAAAACCCACAGAAAGUGGUUGGCAGCAAAGCAUAUUUGAAGAAGCAAGAAGAGACGGUGCGAAAGGCUGAAGAGAAGAGGAAGAGGAAGGCGGCAGAAGUGAAGAAGGCUAUGGAGGACGGCGACCCGUUCGGAUGCGAACUGGCGGACGGUGGUGACUUGGACGAUGAUGACGACGAUGAUUAG